AUGUCUGAAUUGAUGGUCGAUACGGGUAAGUGGUCGCAUAUAGCCAAUAGUGGCCCAAUUUCAAUCCUGUCAUAUUGUGGGUCUUCUAUUUUAAUGACGGUCACCAACAAGUUUGUUGUGAAUUUGAAGGACUUUAAUAUGAACUGUGUUAUGUUGCUUGUGCAGUCUACAGUGUGUACUCUCGCUUUGUUGGUUUUGAGGACUCUUGGAUAUGCUAAAUUUCGGCCAUUGAACAAAACGGAUGCGAGAAACUGGUUUCCGAUUUCCAUAUUGCUAGUUUUGAUGAUGUAUACAUCAUCAAAGGCCUUGCAGUACCUGGCAGUUCCUAUUUAUACGAUUUUCAAGAACUUGACAAUUAUUUUAAUUGCGUAUGGAGAGGUGUUGUUCUUUGGUGGGCGGGUGACAUCGAUGGAGUUAUCUUCGUUUCUCUUGAUGGUGCUGUCUUCGAUUGUGGCCACAUGGGGGGAUCAACAAGCAUUGGCUUUGAAAGUUACUAAUGGGGCUUCUAGUAGUCCAUUUAGUGCUGGGUAUUUUUGGAUGUUCACCAAUUGUAUUUGCUCUGCUCUUUUUGUUUUAAUUAUGAGAAAGCGGAUCACUUUGACUAAUUUUAAGGAUUUUGAUACGAUGUUCUAUAACAAUAUUCUUUCCUUGCCGUUGUUGUUUCUAACUUCAGUUUUAGUUGAAGAUUGGAGUCCUGAAAACUUGGCGACUAAUCUGUCUCAAGAUUCUGUUACAGCAAUGGUUAUUUCUGGUUUAGCUUCUGUUGGCAUAUCCUACUGUUCUGGGUGGUGUGUUAGAGUGACUUCAUCGACUACGUAUUCUAUGGUGGGUGCCUUGAACAAGUUGCCCAUUGCUUUAUCUGGUCUGAUUUUUUUUGAUGCUCCAAAGAAUUUCCUAUCCAUCUUUUCUAUUUUCUUAGGGUUUCUAGCAGGUGUUGUAUAUGCUGUUGCAAAGCAGAAGAAACAGUCACAGCCUGUCAAAGUAUAA